GUGUCUGGUGCUCUGUUCGAGGGGGUGCCGGAUGACGUGCUCGAGGGGCCUGGGGUGAACAUCUUGGCCUCGAAGGUCCUCGUGGCCGCCGACAUCUUGGAGCUGGAAGUGGGGGCCCUAGGGUUCGCCGCAAAGCACCCCUUCAGGGUCCUGGAGCCUUUCAACUCCUUGGUGGUCAUCUUGUUUGACAACCUGCCGCUCGCGUUGGCGGCCUGCAAGGCAGCUUCGCGGCGGCAAGCCCGCGGCCGUGCGAGAAUCAUGUCGAAAACUGGGAAGCUGAAGCGCGUGGCUGCUGCCAGCCGCAUCUCGGCGCAGAGGGGGGCCGCGGGGAACCUCGGCAAGCCUGGCGGCGACGCCGAGCGCGGC